CAUCGACAAAUUUAACAGCAAAAAGUAUCUGUUAGAUCAAACGUUGGGUGACUUAUUUUGUUUGCUGUUUAUUAGAAAUUUAGUAUGAAUUAAUUAAAAAAAAAUAAAGACAAAAUGUUAAUGCUAAAUAGAUUAUAAUUAAAAUAAAAUAAAAUAUCUAUACAAAUUAAAAAACUACCUAAUAAAUACUUAUAAUGCCUUCAACAUGUGAAUUUCAAUUAAACAAUCCCAAUGCAGUUUACCAUAGCGGUGACACUGUUAGUGGUGUAAUAGUUUUAAAGACUACUUCUACUAAAGGUGUAAGAGAUAUAAGCAUAAUUUUCUGCGGUGAAGGAAAGGUAAGUUGGAACGAAACGGAAAGACGUAGAAAAUCAGAUGGUACUUAUAGCAAUCAUACGGUUCAAUUCAAAUCAAAUGAAUUAUACGUAAACAAUAGAACAGUUGUGCAUGGUCAAGGAACAUUGCCUGCAGGAACUCAUAAAUAUACAUUUCAAAUUAUGCUACCGUUACAAUGUCCCACUUCGUGUGAGGGUCUCUGGGGUCACAUACGCUAUGAAUUAAGACUUAAACUAGAUAGACCCUUACGUUUCGAUAAUGAGUUUAGUAAACCGUUGAGUGUAAUAAAAACACUAGAUUUAAACUUGAAUCCAGUAUUUAGGAUUCCCAUUCAAAAUGAGGAUAUUUUCAGUUCCGGCUGUUGUUCCUGUUCGGGUGGUACUAUUAAUACCAAACUUACUAUACCCUUUGGUGGCUAUGCCAUCGGACAAAGUGUUAGAUACUCGAUAUAUAUUCAAAAUCAAUCUAUGGACGAUAUUGAUGGUUAUAAAGUAGAAUUCAUACGUAAACUGUCCUUUACUGCCCAUACGCCACAUCACAAAACCCGAGAAGAUAAGACAGUUUUAGAAACAAAAUCAUAUAGUAAACAAUGUUUACGUUUGACUACAUGUAUUUUUGAUGGUAAUAUCAAUAUUGUGUCUACACCACCCACCACCGAAGGUGAUGGUAUAAUACAAGUAAGAUAUUAUCUAAAAGUAAUUUUAAAAAUGUCCGGUUGUACUAGCAAUAAUACUAUUAAAGUACCGAUAUUUAUUGGUACUGUACCACUAAGAGAAAGCAUGACGCCCAUAGAACCAUUGGAAAGUGAUCGUCUUAUAGGUGUCAUACCCACAGCACCUGUAUUACCUUUCGAUGACCAAAGAGGCAAUGAUUUGCCACCAAGUUAUCAGGAAUUAGGUCCUCCCUCUUUUGAGGAGGCAACACGCAGCAGCUCACCUUUUAUAGAUACUGAUAAAAAUGAACAUAAUCGUCAUAUUGGUUUUAGGCCAUUGUAUCCCUCAUAUUCCCAAAGUGAUGAAUGAGUUUGUACUUGUGUGUUCGAAUAUAAUAUUUGCAGGGCAUAUUUUUAAAUAAAAAAAAACAUAUUUUUACAACA